GGGACAGUUUGGCUGUUCUGGUCCUCAUGUGCAUCAUCUCCUCCACCCCGAAACAAACCGCCCUCACGGCCAACAAUCACAUGCCACUGCCGGUUUGGUUUGCCUUAAUUCGAUCCGGCCCCUUCCUCCUCCCCUUCUCCCUCCUCCUGUCCCCCAUUGUUGUCCCCAGUUUCACUUGAGCUCCAGCUCCACUGUUACCUUCUCGCUAGCUAACACGAUAAUACCUCAGUGAAGUAUUCAGUGCGUACUGCUCACUACCAGUGUCCAGGGGCAGCCUUAAUAGCAAGCCAUCCUCGCCAUUCCCCAGCUAGUAGCCUGCACACAUGCACACUGCGCCGUGCAUUCACUUCACUGCCAAGCGCCCCCUCCCUCCAUCCCUCCUCACGCACGCAUUCAGUUCAGCACAGUGUGUCUGCUGCCGUCCUCUUCCCUGCGUCUCCAACGGCUGGUGCAGCUAGCCGAAUCUACCAAGGUAGACAUAGAAGGAUCGACAUCGAUGGUGUGGAAGAGCUGGGGAUGGAGGCUGCUACUGAGCGCCGCGCUGCUCCUCGCGGCGUCACCGGCGCUCCUCUGCCCCGGCGCUGCUGCUGCCAGCGACGUCUCGCUCACCUUGACCAGCGCCCCGCCGCGCAUCUCAAGGUCCGCGGCGGCGGUGUUCGCCUUCCGAGCUAUGCAGAGCAGUGGCUGGACCUGCGGAGAUUGCGCCAUCACCUGCAAGUUGGACGGUGAAAGCGCAUCAGAUUGCGGGGGAAGAUCCGGGAACGGCAACGGCACGGAGGUGGUGAGCUACGCAGGACUCAAGGACGGCAACCACACGUUCGCGGCGUGCGCGACGCCGGCAUCAGGGAGCGCCGACACGACCUGCGCCACCUACGCCUGGGAUGUUGACACUGUUCCGCCGACGGCGUCCGUGGCGGCGGAGUCGGCGUUCACGAGCGCGUCCAACCUCUCCGUGCUCAUCUCCCUCAGCGAGCCGUGCCCCGGCGCCGGCGGCUUCACCUGCAACGCCACCUACUGCAACCUCCUGGUGUACGGACCCGGCCGCGUGGAGCCGUCGACCCUGGAGGAGGUCGUGCCGGGGCUGCAAUACUCCGUCGUCGUGUUUGCGUCGCCGGAGGUGGAGUAUGGGCGGUUGAUCCUGGUGAUGCGCCGGGGGUUCUGCACCGACGUCGCCGGCCACCACUUCAGGAGGACCUCCAACUCGAGCUUCACCCUCCGCUUCGACAGGAGGAAGGACGCGAUGAACAUCACGGCGACCAUCCCCGAGAAGCUGCUGCAGAUCGAGGGCGCCACGAGGUUGGUCCAAGCCACCAACGACGACAGGGAGCUGAGGAUAUACAUGUCCUUCGCCGAGCCGGUGAUGAACUCCUCCGCGGAGAUCCUCGCCGCGCUCAGCGCGACCGGCGCCGUGCUGACGCCGACCAACAGGGCCACGCUCGGCAACCGUCGGUUCGGCUACGUCGUGAGCAAGAUAUCAGACACCGCCGUUGUGACCGUUGCGGUCGAUGCGAGUUCCAUAAUCAGCAGACAGGGAAGCCCGGUUUAUUCAUCUGCAGAACCCUUCACAUUUCUCUAUGAUAACCAAAGGCCUUCUGUUAAGCUCGCAACAUCGACCGUGAGGACAAGUUCUCACAACAUCCCGGUGUUGAUCAAGUUCGAAAAGCCCGUGUUCAACUUCAGUUCCUCCGCGGUUCAGGUUUCUGGGGGCAAACUAUUGAGCUUCCAUGAAGCUAGUAAGAGCAUAUACACAGUGCAGAUCCAGGCAGUUGACAAGCUGGUUUCGGUCCAGGUCGCUGAGAGCUCAGCUCAGGACGUCGCCGGGAAUCUCAACUUGGCGUCAGACCGCCUCCAAGUGAGACACUAUUCUGUCCCUGCAUCGUCGUCAUCCAUCGCGAUCAUCGCCACCGCAGUUUUUGCGGCGACCGCCGCCGUCGCCACACUCCUCACCGUCUCUACGUCAUCGCUCAUUGCGUCCGGGAGCAUAACGAGGCCUUCUUCAUACUCGAUCUCCGAACCAUCAAGAAACAUUCUGAGAAUGGCCUGCCACAUCCAGAUCUUCGCUCUGUCGAGAUGGCUGUCGAUAAACCUGCCGGUCGAGUACUACGAGCUGGCCAAGGGGAUCGAGUGGACCAUUCCCUACAUUCGCCUUCCAUGGGAAGGCCCGUCUGCAGAUCCAUUUGUGGGGUACUCCACCAUGCCUGCUAUUGCCUACUCGGAGCUGGUGGACAGGAUUGGUAUAGAGGCUGAUGCCUACAACCCUCGACCUGCACCUGCUGCUCAGCAGCAGAUUAUGCCGAUGCAGAUACCGGCAGACAGUGCGAUCCCACUGCAGAUACCGGCGUUGGAUGGGAAGCCGCUGACCGCCAUGGAGUACCGAGCAUUCUUUGAGAAUCAGGACAUGAAGCCUGAAGCACAGAUUAUCAUGAAGCUGCAAGAUUUGGACGGGUGGAAAUACUUUGGAAGAAACAUGCUUUGGCUUGCUGUGAUUGGGGGAGGCCUGAUCCUGCUACAUCUUCUUCUCCUCCUCUACUUGAGAAUACGAUACAGAGGAGGCACAGGAAACUACGGAGCGCUCGUCCUCCCAAGGUUUGAGAUCAUGCUUGCAUUUCUUGCAAUGCCAUGUAUAUCUCAGGCGUCUGCUGCACUCAUCAGAGGUGGGACUACCGGAGGCCUCGCCGUCGGGAUCGUGCUCAUUGGCGUAUUGACGGCCUUCUUGGUGGCCCUGCUGCUGUUCCUGUCGCUGGGCAUCACGACGGGCAGGCUCCUCCAGUACAAGGAGGUGCACCAGGAAGGGCAGGAGCACCGCUGGUACCAGGAGAUCAUCAGGCGGAUGCUGGGCCCCGGCAAGCGCGGGCAAUGGACGUGGAAGGACCCCGCCCGCGCCGCGCGGCUCGUCAAGCUCGGCCCGCUCUUCGAGGACCUGCGCGGCCCGCCAAAGUACAUGCUGACGCAGAUCGUCGUCGGCAGUAGCGGGAAGCGCGCGGCGGCGGACCAGCGGAUCAUGGCGUCGGAGGACGAGAAUGAGGACGCGGAGGCGCCGCUGCUGCAGAAGGUGUUCGGCAUCCUGAGGAUCUACUACACGCUCAUCGAGUCGGUGAAGCGGGUGGCGCUGGGUAUCGUGGCGGGCGCGCACGCGUCAUCGGGGCGGUCGUCGCGGGCGCACGCGGUGGUGGUUCUUGCGCUCGCUUCCUUCCAGCUCUUCUUCAUACUGCUCAAGAAGCCCUUCAUCAAGAAGCGGGUGCAGCUGGUGGAGAUCGUGGCGGUGGCCAGCGAGGUGUUCGUCUUCGCCGCAUGCCUCGUGCUCAUCGACAGGAACAGCGGCGAGCUCGAGGACGUCGAGGAGAGCGGCGCCGUGGGGAUCGCCAUGCUCGGAGUGUUCGCGCUGGCGUUCGCGGCGCAGGUGUGCAACGAGUGGAACGCGCUGUACCGGCAGGUGCAGUACCUCAGCGCGGACCGGAGCUCCUUCCUGGAGGGAGCCAAGGCGGCGUCCGUCGGGCUGCUGCUGCUGGUCCUCCCUUCGUCGGCGCUGGGCGACCGCCUGCAGACAACGGCGACGGAGCAGUCGACGCCGGAUAGCGGCUCGGGUGGUGGCCAGGGGGUGCAGGGCGAGGCGCUGAGGAGUUCGAACGAGCGGUCCUGGCUUGGGCAGCUGCGGGAGAUGGCCAAGGCGAGCUUCAGCAGGGACGGCGAGGACCCGUCCACCAGCAGCGCCUACAAGGGGAAGCGAAGCCGGAGCUCCUCCGUGACGUCGCAGUCGGCGGACGCCAAGGCCAAGGGAGAGUGGAGGCCCAAGUCCAAGGCACUCUACAAGGAUCUGGAGGCCAUCUUCUCCAACAGGUAAUGAAGUGAGCAACUGAGCACGCCUCGAUCGCCUUCAUGGUUUGGUUAGCCAGACACUGCAUAUAUACUCCUACUAGCAAUAGAAGAAAGAUGCCGAUUAAUCUGACACAAAAUCAUCACUAGGAGAAUGUUGGUGUGUUGUAGCGCUACUGUCAAGAUCAUUCAUAAUUUCAUAUGUCCAUGAUAGAAUGUAUUCUUCAUAUUCAGUUAGCAGGAAAUGCAAAGGAAUUCAGUUA